AUGGGAGGCCCAGGCCCCAGUGGUGUAACUGGCUUACCUUUAAUCAGGUCUGAUCCAGCUGCGUUUGAGUCUCGACUAGAGAAGCGCAAUGAGUUUCGGAAGCAGCCCGUGGGGCACUCCAGGCAAGGAGACUUUAUCAAAUGUGUGGAACAGAAGGCAAACACUUUGGGGAAACAGCCUAUGAGCAGAGGAUUCACUAAGGACAAGACUCUCAGUUCAAUCUUUAACAUUGAGAUGGUGAAAGACAAAACUGCAGAAGAAAUAAAGCAGAUUUGGCAGCAGUAUUUUGCAGCAAAAGAUACAGUCUACGCAGUUAUUCCAGAAGAGAAGUUUGAUUUGAUCUGGAACCGGGCUCAGUCCUGUCCAACAUUUCUGUGUGCACUACCAAGAAGGGAAGGCUAUGAGUUCUUUGUAGGACAGUGGUCAGGCACUGAACUCCACUUCACUGCACUUAUAAAUAUUCAGACCCGAGGGGAAGCUGCGGCCAGCCAGCUGAUUUUAUAUCACUACCCUGAACUUAAGGAAGAAAAGGGCAUAGUACUGAUGACAGCAGAAAUGGAUUCUACAUUUAUGAAUGUUGCUGAGGCACAGUGCAUUGCCAAUCAAGUUCAGCUCUUCUAUGCCACUGAUCGGAAGGAGACCUACGGGUUAGUGGAGACCUUUAACUUCAGACCAAAUGACUUCAAAUAUAUGUCUGUCAUUGCUGAAUUGGAGCAAAGUGGACUUGGAGCGAAACUGAAAUGUGCCCAGAACCAGGAUAAGACUUAGAGCUGCAAGGGUUGGCUCCUUUACAGCGUCUGCUCAACCCACCCACCCCCUUGAAUUCUCAGGAGCUCAGCAUCUAUAAUGCAGUCUCUUAAGGAGUUGCCCUGUGUGCUUAUGCAAGAAGUACUAAUGGAGAUGAGCCUUAUUACUUGAUAGUCAGGAACAGAGAUAGCCAAAAUUCUGAUAAUUAUCUCUCAGCACACUUGAGGUUUCCUUUUUAAGCAUUUCGGUUCAUUAUCAGAGACAGCCAAAGAUCAGCAGGAUGGUUGACUUGAUUUUACACACUGUUAAAAGUGCACAUGCAUUCUGGACAUUUUGGUGGUACAACUCCCAAAUGAGCAUAGUUCCUCAUCUUUCUAAACUUGUGACAAGAUAGCUUGAAGACCUGCUAUAGUUAGGUGUGGGCUUUAGAUACUCUUCCCAUGUGCCAGUUAGCUUGCCAAAAGCAAAACCCAAAUAUCCUGUUUAGACUCUAGAACAACCAGGUAUUGCAAUCAGGCUUAAGACUUCAUCUAGAUGCUCCCAGAGUUGCUUUUAGUGUAGCUGGUUUGCAGCAUCAGUAGAUGUCAGGUAUACUUAAACACAAAGGUACAGUGUCUGCAUAUUUUUACUAGUAAAUCAUGGUUUGUGGCACCUCCUCUUUUAACUCUGUCUUUUAGAAUCUGUGUAUUUGGAGGGGGUGAAUCAAUGCAGUGUAAAUAAAUCAACUUUUUAUAAGGAAGGAGCAAUCCAGAUUUGCAUGUUUUUGUGUUGUUGUUUUUUAACAACUCUAAGCCAUACUACUAUUAUAUAAAAAAGUGGGUAGAAGCAAAUGUUCUCAAGUUGGGUGUGGAGAAAAUAUAGCAAUAAAAUAAACUCUGGCUUAUAGUAUUUGUUAUAUUCAGCAGUGAAAUCUAAGCUAUGUGCUGUCCGUAGUGUCAGUGCUGUGAGCUGACUUGAUCAAAAUUCAUCUUUGGGCUUAGUAGUUGCUUGAAACAUCAAAAAUGAGAAAAGGAGCUCUCCAGCUCUGGAAACUCCCAUGUGGUUUGUAGAGUCACUGCUGUGGCUCAAAGCUCAGUGAUAGAGGAGGGUGGUAGUUACACACCAGUCUUCUGAACCUGAGGUUCCCCCCCUCCCCAUUGUCGUCAGCUGCCUUUACUACGCCUUUCCUUUUCUUGCUCUGACAUGCUUCACUUUGUCUGCUGCUGCCCAAGAUCUGGUUGUAUGACACUGAACAUGGUGAGUGGAAAUGGAACCAGUAGUUACAGUUCCUGUGUAUGUUUGUUUUCUUCAUUACAGGUUGGGCCUGUCCCCAAGCUCUUUAAAUGGGCUUGGACUUCCCAUUAUUUUCUGAGCUGAGUCUGUUUUGUUAUACCUCUGAGUCUGUAUAUAGAAAGAGACAAAUAGUGUUUGUUUAACCUGGAAAAGCUGCUAGCUAGCCUUUCACAAUUUCUCUAAAGACAAGGCUAUUUCCUGAUGCAAAUUCUGGACUUACCUCUGGUCCUGACAGUUCAUUUUUUGAGAAACUUCAAUCUGGAUGUUUUGAGUCCUGGGAAUCUUUAGCAUCAGGCAGUUACUAUUGUGGGUAUCCGGUUAUGUUUGCUUUUCCGUCCAGAUGGACCCCGUUCCUAGCCAUAGGACAUUUUCAUAGCAUCUCCACCAGAGGGUGAGAAAAUGAUGGGAAAAGAAAUAAAAACUGGCUGCUCAUUUUAUUGUUCCUCCCAGCUUUGCCCUAAAUCAAGAGAAGACUGUAUCCAUGGACAGUUACACUGGAAAAAUCAAAGCACCAUCUGGCUGUUCCUUAUAUUUACCUAGGAAGAUCUGGCAAAGAACUAAAAGAACAUUGUAACUUUAGUCAGUAAAUUUGUCUGCUGGUGCAACAUGGUGUUAUAGAAAGUGGACAGGCUUUAGAGUUAAAUGAAUCUGGAUUCAGCUGUUGGUGUUGCAAUACAUUAGCUCUAUAAUAUUGAACAAAUUAUUUAAACUCUCUAACUCUGUUUAUUCAUCUGUAAAAUGGGGAUAAUAAUAUCUACCUCAUAGGAUUAUUGUCAGAAUUAAUUUAUACACUACAGUAGAGCUUAAUAAAUGUCGCCUCCCUUCCUCUUCUCCACUUCCCUGCCUGUCAUUAAAGACCAAUGCAAAUUAACAUUUCAGAUGUGCAGAUCAUUCUUCAUUCCAGUUGAACAAGCAAACCUUUUCUCACAUGUUCUCAAACUUUAAGUGGAAGUAGAAUUAUCUUGAGCACUUCAAAAUGCAGAUUCCCAAGUCCCAAACCUCAACCUGCUGAAUCAUAAUCUUUGUAGAAAGUCCUGGGAAUCUGCAUUUUAAUAUGUGCUCCAGAUGAUUCAGAUGACGGUAAUUCACCAGCCACACUUUGAGAACCAUUGCCUUAUGAGUUCUUCACAAAAAAAUGCCAGGUCUUCCUUUCCUAUGGACAUUAACCAUCGAAUUGGAUUCCUCUGUCCUUUGCCUCCUAUAGUGGUCCUCUUUGCAUAUAUUAUAUUUAUGUAUUUAUGUAUCUUUUGCCCACACUAGACUGUGAGCUCCUUGAGGGCCAGGCUUUAGUCUCCAUUUCUAGUGUCAAGGAUAUGGCCUGAAACAUAUAAGAUACUCAGUUGUUUGUUAAUAAAUAAGUGACAUGAUUUUAGCCAAAA